UUGCUCUAUCCUUUGUGCGCUCACAUCUCUCUCUUCUGCGAUCUUCUUCUUCAUCGCAGAAACAAGAGAUUUUUGUGUUCUUUCUUCCCCAAUUCUCUCGCAAUGUCUCUAAUUGUCGAGAAGACCGCCGGCGGCCGUGAGUACAAGGUCAAGGACAUGUCUCAGGCCGACUUCGGCCGCCUCGAGAUCGAGCUCGCCGAGGUCGAAAUGCCUGGCCUCAUGGCUUGCCGUACCGAAUUCGGCCCUUCGCAGCCAUUCAAGGGAGCUCGCAUCACCGGCUCCCUCCACAUGACCAUCCAAACCGCGGUGCUCAUCGAAACCCUCACCGCUCUCGGUGCUGAGGUUCGUUGGUGCUCCUGCAACAUUUUCUCCACUCAGGACCAUGCCGCUGCCGCGAUUGCUCGCGACAGCGCCGCCGUGUUCGCCUGGAAGGGGGAGACACUUCAGGAGUACUGGUGGUGUACCGAGCGCGCCUUGGACUGGGGCCCUGGUGGUGGUCCGGAUCUGAUUGUUGACGAUGGUGGUGAUGCUACUCUCUUGAUUCACGAGGGAGUUAAGGCUGAGGAGAUUUAUGAGAAGAGCGGCGUUCUUCCUGAUCCUUCUUCUACUGAUAACGCUGAGUUUCAGAUCGUGUUGACGAUUAUUAGAGAUGGAUUGAAAUCUGACCCUAAGAGGUAUCACAAGAUGAAGGAGAGAUUGGUUGGUGUCUCGGAAGAGACUACCACCGGUGUUAAGAGGCUUUACCAGAUGCAGGCCAGUGGAACCUUGUUGUUCCCUGCCAUUAAUGUCAAUGACUCUGUCACUAAGAGCAAGUUCGACAACUUGUAUGGAUGCCGACACUCUCUCCCUGAUGGUUUGAUGAGAGCUACUGAUGUCAUGAUUGCCGGUAAGGUUGCUGUUGUGUGCGGUUAUGGAGAUGUUGGAAAGGGCUGUGCUUCUGCUCUCAAGCAAGCUGGCGCUCGUGUUAUCGUGACCGAGAUUGAUCCAAUUUGUGCCCUCCAGGCUCUCAUGGAAGGUCUUCCCGUCCUCACCUUAGAAGAUGUUGUCUCUGAGGCAGAUAUCUUCGUCACCACCACCGGUAACAAGGAUAUCAUCAUGGUUGACCACAUGAGGAAGAUGAAGAACAAUGCCAUUGUCUGCAACAUUGGUCACUUUGACAAUGAGAUUGACAUGCUCGGUCUUGAGAGCUACCCUGGUGUAAAGCGUAUCACCAUCAAGCCUCAAACAGACAGGUGGGUCUUCCCCGAGACCAACGCCGGCAUCAUCGUGUUGGCUGAGGGUAGACUCAUGAACUUGGGUUGUGCCACUGGACACCCUAGCUUUGUUAUGUCCUGCUCAUUCACAAACCAAGUGAUUGCACAGCUCGAGCUCUGGAACGAGAGGACAUCUGGGAAGUAUGAGAAGAAGGUUUACGUGUUGCCCAAGCACCUUGAUGAGAAGGUGGCUGCCCUUCACCUGGGCAAACUAGGUGCUAGGCUUACCAAGCUCAGCAAGGACCAAGCUGACUACAUCAAUGUGCCAGUUGAGGGUCCAUACAAGCCUGCUCACUACAGGUACUGAGAGGAACAUUCUGGUUUUACAGUAGGGUUUUUUUGAAGUCGUUGGGUUAGUGGUCUGUAGGGGUAAGGGUCUGUGUUGAAGAAAGAAAGACGCGUUGUGUACGGGUUGAAUAAGGAAGGUUAGAUUUGGCUGUGUGAAAAAAUAUCUUUUGUUUUUGUUUUUUUAGCUGAAUCUGUUGUAUCGUUUUUUAUCGGUGAGGAAGAAGAGAGAAGGCAGAAGAAAUAUCUUCUUUUUAUUUUAUGUGUUUUAGGAAAUGUAUCUGUCCCGGAUUUUAUGGAUAUUUUGUUGGUUCUCUCCAUUAUUUGUGAACGUGUUUCUUCG